AUGGCAUUUGCUGAUCUGUUUCCGGGAGAUAUAUCUCUCCCUACAUAUGUUUACUCCCUGGCUCUUGGUCAGGUUGAAUUUGAUGAACAAACUCCAACGCUUUUUACAAUUAUUUUCCUCGUUUUCGCUCAGGCAUCAUUCAUUAUCGCUGCUUUGAUAUCUUGUGAGAGAUUUUACGCCAUUUAUCGGUCGCUGAAGCACCGUCAGACACUUUCUACCCGAGCAUACAGGCUCGUUAUUUUGACGGUCUGGAUAUUAAGUAUCCUUGGUUCUCUUUUCACAGUUUUUCUCCUGCAAUUCUCAAGCCUGGUGGCUCUGAAUUCUUUCCUGUCUUUAAUCUUCGUGUCUGUACUUCUAAUCAUCAGUGGCCUCAAUUUUGGUGUUUGGAGAAAGAUUCAGCAACAAACUGUUCCUCAUCACCAAAACAGAGUCUUGCAAAGACGACGCUUAACAAAGACUUUGUUAUUAGUAUCUCUCAUCGCCAUGGGUUCUUGGCUUCCACCUUUGGUUAAAACUUGA